AUGUCCACCACCCGCCAGAUCGGAGGCCACAAGGCCGCCAUCAACAACCCCAACGUCUCUGAGGAGGCAAAGGAGCACUCCCGCCAGGCGAUCGACGCGCUCGAGGACCAGUCCGAAACCCAGGAGAUUCGCGCAAGCCAUGACGAGGGCAAGGACGAGGUGCGCCAGAACGCCGGCUUCAAGGCUACGCUGAAGAACCCCAAUGUCAGCGAGGAGGCCAAAGAGCACGCCCAGCAGGUCUUGGAGGAGCGCGGCGCGAUCUAA